AUCGCAGCUUGAGUCAUCCCUUAGUGCAAACUGACUGUGAUUAUCAGUUCAAUGUGAUGCGCCAGUAAAGCAGCAGCAUCAGCAAUUGAACUACCCACUGGAGGUCCUGGAACCCUUAAAUCCACUGCCAUCAUGUUGCGUUUAAUCCUCAUCGCCUGUUUGGUCCAGCUGGCUCUGGCCCAGGCGGAUCUUAAAGAUCUGGAUGGACCCAAUAUUUGUAAAAGAAGGGAAACUUAUCCCGUGGAGGUGGUCUACACAGAACUGCAAUCUUAUCAGGAACGGGGAUCCACCUGGUGCGUUGCAGUCCCGCCGAGAUGCUCCACCUAUCGCAUUAAACACCGAGUGGUCAACAAAACCCAGUCGAUAAUGAAGAAUCGCAUUGUAAGGGAUUGUUGUGAUGGCUACAUUGCCAGUGCAGGAGAAUGUGUGCCACAUUGCUCGGAACCCUGCCAACAUGGUAGAUGCAUCUCCCCGGAGAAGUGCAAGUGCGAUCAUGGCUACGGAGGACCCGCCUGUGAUAUAAAUUGCCCACCCGGCUUGUACGGCCGGAACUGCUCGAUGCAGUGCGACUGCCUGAACAACGCCGUCUGCGAGCCCUUCUCCGGCGACUGCGAGUGCGCCAAGGGGUAUGCGGGACUACGCUGUGCGGACAUCUGUCCGGAUGGCUUCUUCGGGGCCAACUGCUCGGAGAAGUGCCGCUGCGAGAACGGCGGAAAGUGCCAUCAUGUGUCCGGCGAGUGCCAGUGUGCGCCCGGUUUCACGGGUCCCCUAUGCGACAUGCGCUGUCCGGACGGGAAGCAUGGCGCCCAGUGCCAGCAGGAUUGUCCCUGCCAGAACGACGGAAAGUGCCAGCCGGAGAGCGGUGCCUGCAUGUGCAAUCCCGGCUGGACGGGCAAUGUGUGUGCGAACAAGUGUCCGGUGGGCAGCUAUGGAGCCGGAUGCCAGGAGACCUGCGAGUGCUACAAGGGAGCCCCCUGUCACCACAUCACGGGGAAGUGCGAGUGCCCACCUGGUUACCUGGGAGAACGCUGCUUCGACGAGUGUCCGCUGAAUACCUAUGGAUUCAACUGCAGCAGGACCUGCGACUGCGCGAACGACGCCACCUGCGAUCGGGCCAAUGGAACCUGCAUCUGUAAUCCGGGAUGGACGGGUCUGAAAUGCGAGGAGAGGAUCUGCGAGGCGGACAAGUACGGAAUGGACUGCAAUCGCACCUGCGAGUGCGACAUGGAGCACACGGAUCUGUGUCAUCCGGACACGGGAAAGUGCCACUGCAGCAUCGGAUGGAGCAGUGCCCAGUGCACCAGACCCUGCACCUUCCUGCGCUACGGUCCCAACUGCGAGAUGACCUGUAAUUGCAAGAAUGGAGCGAAAUGCUCGCCGAUUAAUGGAACCUGCCUGUGUGCUCCUGGCUGGACAGGGGAAACCUGCGAGGAGGGCUGUGCUCCGGGUUACUUUGGCCAGGAUUGCGCCCAGCGCUGCGAGUGCCAAAAUGGAGGCAAGUGCGUCCAGGAGUCGGGUCAGUGUUUGUGCACCGACGGUUGGAUCAACAUGAAGUGCGAUCGUCCCUGUGACCUCAACCACUAUGGCAAAGAUUGCGCCAAGGUGUGCGAUUGCCAGAACAACGCCGCCUGCAAUCCGCAGAACGGAACCUGCACCUGUGCCGCCGGCUGGACGGGCGAGAAGUGCGACCGGAAGUGCGAUCCUGGGAAAUUCGGACACGAAUGCGCCCAGAAGUGCCAGUGCGACUUCAACAACAGCCUGGCCUGCGACGCCACCAACGGACGAUGUGUCUGCAAACAGGAUUGGGGAGGCGUUCAUUGCGAGACCAACUGUCGGAGCGGUUACUAUGGUGAAAAUUGUGAUAAAGUUUGCAGAUGCCUGAACAACUCCUCCUGCGAUCCGGACUCGGGUAACUGCAUCUGCUCGCCGGGAUGGACGGGUGAGGAUUGUGCAGAGCCAUGUCCGGCUGGAUUCUAUGGCAUGGAGUGCAAGGAGCGCUGCGCAGAGAUUCAGCAUGGCAACAAGAGCUGCGAUCACAUCACUGGGGAGAUUCUCUGUCGCACCGGGUACAUUGGACUCACCUGCGAGCACCCCUGCCCACCUGGACUCUUUGGACCCGGCUGCAAACUGAAGUGCAACUGCGAGCACGGUGGCGAGUGCAACCACGUGAGCGGUCAGUGCGUCUGCCUGUCCGGCUGGACGGGUGCCAACUGCAACGAAUCCUGCCCAACGGACACAUACGGACAGGGAUGUACGCAAAGAUGCCGCUGCGUUCACCACAAAGUUUGCCGCAAGGCCGAUGGCAUGUGCAUCUGCGAGAAGGGCUGGUCGGGCGCCCGCUGCGAUGAGGUUUGUCCAGAGGGAUUCUACGGGGAGCACUGCAUGAACACCUGCGAAUGUCCGUCGCCUAACUUCCAGUGCCAUGCGGCUAAUGGUUGCGUGUGCAGGAGUGGCUACACGGGGGAGAAUUGCGAUGAGCUUAUAGCCUCCCAGAGGGUUGCAGAUCAGAGCGAAAAUUCAAGUCGAGCAAGUGUGGCUCUCACUCUAGUCCUGAUGACCCUGUUUGCCUGCAUAAUCUUCGCUGUGUUCUUUUAUUAUCGUAGAAGGGUGUCCAAUCUGAAGACGGAGAUUGCCCAUGUGCACUAUACCCACGAUACGAAUCCCACAAGCUGGCCGCCUAACCAUAACUUUGAUAAUCCUGUGUAUGGAAUGCAGGCGGAGACGCGACUGCUGCCGAAUAAUAUGCGCGCCAAGAUGAAUAACUUUGACCAGAGGAGCACCAUGAGCACGGAUUACGGCGGCGAUGAUUCAAACGCUAGUGGAAGGGUAGGUAGCUAUUCGAUCAACUACAACCACGACCUGUUAACAAAGAACUUGAAUGCGGACUCUACCAACCCAAUUGUCUACAAUGAUUCGCUGAAGGAGGAGCAUGUCUACGAUGAGAUCAAACACAAGGAGGGCUACAAGGAUCCCGGUGAAUAUGACCAUCUGGACUACUCGCGACCCAGCACCUCGCAGAAGCCGCACUACCACCGCAUGAACGAUGCCAUGCUCAACAUUAACCAGGACGAGGAGAAGCCCAGCAACGUGAAGAACAUGACCGUGUUGCUGAACAAACCGCUGCCGCCCACGGAGCCGGAGCCGCAGCACGAGAGCUUCGACAAUACAAACACCAAUCUGGACAAUGUUUCGACGGCGUCGCCCAGUUCCAGUCCGGAAUUCCGCAAGUAGGCAGCCGGAACUUCAGUCACUUCACCCGCUGUUUUAAUUUCUAAGU